GAAGUUCUGAGUUUUCUAAGUGAAAGCAAUAUCAGUGACAGAACAAGUGGCUCAAGAAACCAAACAUGUCAAUGGACAUUCCCUUUCUAGAGAACACUGAGAACCCUCACACUGUUGAGGAGAAGACACUGAAAUUUGCUGUUAAGAGUUUUGGUUUUGAAUCAAAGAAGCUAUGGAGACUAGCAGGUCCCGCUAUCAUCACCUCUAUAUGUCAGUACUCGCUCGGUGCACUCACUCAAACUUUUGCAGGCCAACUUGGUGAUCUUGCUCUUGCAGCAGUUUCUGUAGAAAAUUCUGUCAUUGCAGGUCUUGGUUUUGGAGUCAUGUUGGGAAUGGGAAGUGCCUUGGAGACUCUGUGUGGGCAAGCUUAUGGUGCAGGGCAGAUGAGGAUGUUGGGAGUGUACAUGCAGAGAUCAUGGGUCAUCUUAUUCAUCACUGCACUUCUUAUGUUACCUAUUUAUAUUUGGUCACCUCCUAUUUUAGCGUUGCUUGGAGAAACAUCUCAGAUCUCACAUGCUGCAGGAAAAUUUGCUCUGUGGAUGAUACCCCAGUUAUUUGCAUACGCUGCAAACUUUCCAAUCCAAAAGUUUUUGCAGGCACAAGGGAAAGUGCUAGUCAUGUUAUGGGUAUCAGUAGGUGUUUUGGUGUUCCACACAGUUUUUAGCUGGCUUCUUAUACUGAAGCUGGGGUGGGGUCUGAUUGGAGCAGCUAUCACUCUUAACGCAUCAUGGUGGUUGAUUGUGAUUGGACAAUUGCUCUACAUUUUCAUCACAAAGUCAGAUGGAGCAUGGACUGGAUUCACAUGGCUAGCAUUUGUGGACUUGUUUGGUUUUGUGAAGCUUUCUCUUGCUUCAGCUGUUAUGCUAUGGUAUUUUCACUAG